GGCUGCCUGGCUCAGCGUUCAAAGAGAGAGCGGAAGAUAGGAGGAGGGGAAUGACUACACCAAGAGAGUAGGAGGAGGGAGGGAGGACAGUUUCCUUUUUGUAACACACACGCUACAAGAUCACACCGGGAAAACGGAGAGAGGAAAGAAAAUUAUAGGCGAAAGAGAGAGAGGGGGGAAGGAAUCACCGCAGCACCUCUGUCCGUCCGUUCUUUUGGUUGUUUUUGGGUGAGAAAUCGUCUUUUCUUUUAACGCAGACUAACAUGGGGGGAAGAGAGAGCUCCUGACGCGGAUCGACUUUCAGUGAACCUCUGCUCUGUGGUACAAGUCUGUGGCUAAUAGAUAGGGAGGAAAAAGGCGACAGGGAAGACAUGUUGAGGGGGUUUUCGUCUUGAGGUUGCGGUAGGAUGUUGAUGUUGUGCUCUUAAAAAAAGACAGACGGCUCCUCGUAGAGAAAAAAGCGAGGGCAAAUGGAAAUUGUGCGGUAGGUUAUGCUCAGGAGCCAUUGUUUUGAUCGGUGUUUAUUUAAUUGGUUUGUUAUGAUCUGAAAUAACGUAGGCCUCUUAGGCAGCCCUGCAGUAAAUAAAUACACGGUCAGCAAACGGGCUACAUAGAAAUUAACCCGACAAACCUGCUUGUAUUUUAGGGGACAUUUUUUAAUUGGGCUGUGUUUUGUAGUAGCCUAAGGUAAAAGCAGCGUUUAGGCCGAUUUGUUUUUAAAACUAACGCGGUGGUUAGAUUACAUUUCUUGAACCAGAGAGGCAAACAUUUCCAUAGCCUAUACAUUAACUCUUCAGGGGGGGUGGGGGGUAUACAAAGGCCCAGUAGAACAUACAGUAAAGCCUUCUGCAGCAUUAAAAGACAAUUUUAACUGCAGAGGGAAAUCGUCCACAGGCUGGCUUUAAGCACAAAGGUGCACAAGUAGUCCACCCCCCCCCCCCAGUUUAGCUCAAGACAGGGGACAAAACAAGAUUUUUAAAUGUUAAUGUCGACCGACGUUGCAUCCAUCAUGCUGCCUGUGUCCCGGGGUCUCAUGGACCGGGAUAGAGAGCUGGACACCAUGGCCGGGGUGCAUCCCAACGCGGGCGGCGCUCCUGCGGUUGUCCGGGGCAUGAAACGCGGAGACCCAGAGCCUGACGGACAGACAGCGGCUGCUCUUGUGGACUCGACCGGGGCGGAGUGCAAGCGUCCCCGGAUCGACGGCUCAGGAGGGAUCGGCGAGGUUGGUCAGAACAACGACCCUUUGACCCUUGGUUACCAUGGCUAUCCGUCUCAUAGUCAGGGCUCUCAGGAUAGUGCUGGCGGUCAGGAGGGACUUGUACCUCCACCUUUCUCCGCAUUCCCUCCACCUCCACCGCCACCCCCCCAGAAUGGCCUGGCACUGGAUUACGGGGGCAGCCUGUAUGCAGCGGGGGCCGUCCAGGGCCCCGUGGAAGCUGGUGGAGCAGCGAACAGCGCCGUCAAUGUUGCCAACAGCCUCAGUGGCCAACAGUCAGAUGGCUCCUCCCAGAUUGAUGGUCAGUCCGUUGUUGGCUCAGGAGGCGUAGGUGGUGGAGGGAGCAUUGGGGAUGAUUCAGACGCCAAGGGGACCCCCAAACGCCUUCACGUGUCCAACAUCCCCUUCCGCUUCCGAGAUCCUGACCUACGGCAGAUGUUUGGGCAAUAUGGCAAAAUCCUCGACGUCGAGAUCAUUUUCAAUGAGAGGGGAUCCAAGGGCUUCGGUUUUGUAACAUUCGAGACAAGUGCAGAUGCAGAGAGGGCCAGAGAAAAGCUUCACGGUACGCUGGUGGAAGGACGUAAAAUCGAGGUAAAUAAUGCCACAGCCAGAGUGAUGACGAACAAGAAGAUGACCACCCCUUACUCUAACGGAGAGGGCCUCGCAACUCUGCCAUACGCUGGAUGGAAGUUGAGUCCCAUGGUUGGAGCCAUGUACAGCCCUGAACUCUAUACAGUUCCGGGGUUUCCAUACCCAGCAGCAGCAGCGGCAGCAGCCGCCUCUACCGCUGCAACCUUUCGGGGUGCUCAUCUCCGGGGUCGUGCCCGGCCCGUCUACAGCGCAGUCAGGGCAGCUGUGCCACAACCUGCCAUCCCUACCUACCCUGGUGUGAUGGCCUAUCAGGAUGGCUUUUACAGUGCAGCUGAUCUCUAUGGUGGCUAUGCAGCGUAUCGUUACGCCCAGCCAACUGCGGUAGCAACUCCAGCGGCAGCGGCGGCUGCAGCAGCAGCUUACAGUGACAGCUACGGACGAGUUUACACAGCAGACCCCUACCAUGCUGCGCUCGCCCCAGCUGCCUAUGGUGUCGGAGCCAUGGCCACACUGUACAGGGGAGGCUACAGCAGAUUUGCCCCUUACUAAAGACACUACAUUUCCCAGGAGCUCGCCUCUUCCAUUGAAUUACUCUGAAAGAGCUCCCUCUGUUGUUGUGGAGGUGGACUGCACCCAGUUUCAAAGUGAAGUUGACCACAACAAAGAUAUUUCAGAUCCCACCCCAGAGCAGUCCCACGUUUUCUUAUAUACGCUACUACAGAAAUAGAGGAAUGCUGUAUUAAAGACUGAUGGAUGGCCUUUACAUUACAAAAAUAAGAAAAAAAAUAAAGACUUCAAAUGGCCACCUUCCCUCUUGCACGGCUGUAAUAUAGUCCCCCCUUCUUAAUCUCUUGGCACUCAGCAGCACAAGACUUGUGAUGGAGCCCAGAUGUUCUUCCAAAGGCUGUAUGUGGAUAACUGACAUUAAACAGCUGUCAACCAUGUAUAUGAGAGAGCGGAGUGCUGUGUGGCCUGCACACACUUAACAUUUAAGGAAAAAGAGAAAUCGAUGUGCCCACAAAACGGCGCAGCGGUAGGAAGCAGGAAGGUUCAUCGAAAUAGCCUAAAAACAUUUUGAAAUGAAUGAAGAGUCACUAAAAUGAUAAAAACACCCACUGGUGGAUUUUCAUAAUUUGGGCGGAUAGCAAUGAAAGAGGAUUUCCGUUCUUGCUGUGUUCUGGUAGAGUGAGACUGAACAUGGUGGCUUGGAUGGAUGAUGUGUGACGGUUGAUAACGAUUCAGAAAUCACGUCUGAAAGCUGAAGGUAGGGAGGGUUAUUAGAACGGUUCCUUACCUCAAGUUUUCUUAGUAUGUGGAAAUGGUGAACCUUUAAACUUAAAAUUGUUAUGAUAUGCAAAGAAAUUAGUUUAGAGAAAAAAGCUACCAAAUUAUUAUUAUUAUUAUUAUUAUUAUUAUUAUUAUUAUUAUUAUUAUUGUAAUUAUUCUCAUUAAUAUUCUUAUAAAACCAUUAGUUUGUUUGAUUUGGCUGCCACUACUGUUACGGGACAUGUAGAUCCAACAGUGAACCUUGGGGUUAAAAAUCAGAAAAUGAGCAUCUAUAUUCUUUUUUGACUGUAUGACACAACUAUAGUCUCACAUCAUCCUUCUCAUGCAUAUGAUCUCACUACACUCUGUGUGCAACCACCACUAUAACACUACAAAGAGUUGAACACUAAAACAUUGUCUUCUGUAAUUGAGUUUUAGCUUUAGAUCCAAACAACAUCAUCCACCCACAACCCUGAGGUUCAAGUAUUUUUUGAUCCUUUAAUGUAGAGAUUUAUUAUUUGGAUUUUCCCCUCAUGCUCCAUCUUUUAUAGAGCAAAGUCCAACAUUGAAUGAGUCUUCCUGAAACAUACUUUAGUAGAUAAAUGUUUUCGAGAUGCUGCCAGCAGCAAUUACUGAGCAAGAGAGAGAUUCUGUCGGUGAGUUAAUAGAACAUAUUUAAAUGCAAAACACCAUACUAUUGUGCAUAUUUCUAUACCGUUGUAUUCUAUAUUUCCAAAACGUGGCUUUUUUUGGCUUUUGUUUUUGUUCCAAAGAUUUGUAGAAAGCACAUUUUUCUGCCGUAUGUAUAAAUAUAUUAUCUUUGUUAUUGUUAUUAUCAUAAUCUUAUGACUGUCUUUAUUUACUUCUUUUUCAUCUUUUUUUUUAUUUUAUUUUUUUUAAUAUAUAUGUAAGUGUUGUUCCUUCUCCAGUAAGGUGCAAGUUAAAUUUCAAGUUUUAUUUUAUUUUUUGAGAUAAGAUCUUGAGCAGAAAGUGUACCUGAGAAGUAGGGCUGGGUUUCGUUUAAAAAUGAAAAUGCCAGUAUCAAUUCCACUACCCUUAAAGUGAUACAAAUACCAAUGAUUUAUGGGAAAAUAAUCCUUCUGCAUUUAAUGCAUUUUAUUUUGAUAGUGUGGCCACACUUUUAAACAUUUUUAGUGGUAUCUCUGCACGCUGAACUGCCAACUCCAUCAAAUACACCACGCUCAACUUCACCACCACAGACUGAAUGGGUUGUAGUUGCUGUGGUAGUGGGCCAAUUACACAUUGCAUUAAAUCGAAGAAAGCUUGAAGUCAUUGGCUGCAAGCAAAAGAGAAUACACAAACUACUACAAAACAAAGUCAUUUUUUUCUAGAUCUGGGUACAAACAGGAUCUAAUGCAGGUAUCGUUUGACUGAAGAAGAUUCAAUACUACUUGGUACUGGUUUAUUUAUAGAUACCCAGCCCUACUAAGAAGUGACAAAACUAAAGGUAUGCAUGUAACCCAACCAAACCUUUGUUCUCUUGGUUAAAUAUUCAGUCAAUCUGGGCUACUUUUUUUUUUUUUUCUUUCUUUUUUUUUUUUUGGGUUGAUUAUUGGAUCCGUUAGCAUGACAUUUAAUUAUGUUUCAAAUAUACAGGAACGGCUGGAUUUUUCUUUCUUUUUAUGUCCAUAUUUUAGAGGUGACUGAGACAUUUGGAAUUAAUGAACAUAGGCGUGUAGCACUUUGGUUAAAACCAACUGUGUUCUUGAGUUUUUCAUUUAUUUGAAUAGUUAUUGUUUUGUUUGAAGCAGACUCCUUACAUUUCAGUGGUUAAAUCUGUCUGCUCGGCCAGCAUGGUCACUCCAGGUUUGUUUGAAGAUAUCCGGUAAAAUGUUUGAAAGCGUUAUCUCAUACAUAAGCAGGUUAAUAUUCCUACAUGGUGAAAACAAAAUGUCAUUGUGGGAUAUGAUCUAAGUUGUGUGUUAAAUGGGGCCCUUAUGCUUUUUUUCUACCUAAUAGCCAAUUGCAAAGCUACAGUUGUUUUUCAUUUCUCACAUUUGAAAAACAGGUCAAUACGGUGUUUUUUUUCUUUCUAUUAAGUGUGCUGCUGUUGAUUUUGUCAUGACAUUCAACAUUUUAUUUGUAAUAUCAACUUAUUAUAGAAUGUGCUCUGGACAAAAAAAAAAAAAAAACUUAGCCAAAGAUGCUAACUUAGAGUCCCCA